AUGUCUUCUGGGGCCAUCUUCAUCGACUGCACCUCCCAAUCCAGCAGCGAUGGCGUUCGAGCGACGCAGCGCGAAGGUGCUCGGUUCAACCUGCAAAACUCUAUCACCGGGGGUUUACGAGAGCUAUCUGGCAACCCGACGGCGGUGAUGUGGUACGCCGCCAAGUAUUAUGCUGCGAACGUGGUCGUCAAGCAGGAAUGCAAGCUCGUCGGCUGGCCGGCGAGCAUCCCGUUCACCAGCAUCAGCGAGAUCCGCAGCGGCGUCCCACCGCUGCUCGAGCUCCAACGGCGGUGGAACCUCCCGGAUGGCGACCCGGAGAAGCUGCGCUUCGAGCGCGCAACAUCCGAGGACAUCGCCAACGCCAUGCGCGACCCGGAGAGUGUCCACCCAAACUCCGCGCAGCUCCAGGCCGAGAAGCUCAAGGCCGCCGCAGCUCGCGCGGAGCCUGAGGCGAAGGCGGCAGCGCAGGUCAUCCCGGUGUGCACGUAUCACCCAGACGACCUCAGCUUCCUUGGGCUCGAACUCACUUCCACCACGCCCGACGCCGACCCGGAGGCGCAGCGCAGCCAGCGCGUGGACUAUGGGCGGCGGCGUAAGCGGAAGUCGGACGGGUCUCUGCAGGUGCGCAAGCGGCUGCCAAAGGACGGCAUCAAGAGUGCACGCUGCGUGAUCCCGGGUGUGAAGAGGAAGGGCAGGGCGGUCGGGAAGGGGGCGAAGAGGGUGCGGCUGGACGACCGCGCGGUGGACGACCCCAUCGACCGGUUCGUGCUGUCGACAGAGUUCGGGGGCUCGCUCUCCGGCAUGGGCGUGUAG